AUGAACAUCAACAAUGAACAGAAUAAUCCAAGGUCAAAUGAACAACUUGUUUCUGGACCAAACGCAUUGCUCAGUAUAAGUCAAGAAGAAUUAUUGAAUGCUACUGAUAUGGAACCAGUUGCUAGUUUGCCACAAGAUGUUGAUGAUUUCGAUAAUCCCAAUCGUGUUCGAAUGAACGUGAUUGCAAAUGAAUCUGGUGAUUUAAGUGACGAUGACGAAGAAAUUGAUGAUGAAGGUGAAAAUGGUGGUACAAUCAAUAUUGAAUUUGAAACAGAGGAUUUAGGGAAUCAACAAGGUGGAUCUUCACGUUUUGAAGUUUGGAAUAUGCCGCAACCAACAUCGUCAAGUUCCUCAGGAACAACAAAUGAGGACGAAAAUGAUGCAGAAGGUCUUGAAAGUCACAGUGACGAAGACGAUAUUGAUAUGGAAAGUGAUAAUGAACCGGAGCCACAACAUCGAUAUAGCGACGACGAUGAAGAUUUAACAAGUGAAGAAGGAGAUGAAAUGCGUGCUGAAGUUCCACCUGCGGUAUCAACAAACGACGAUGACCAAGAUACGGACACCAGUACUGAUGAUACAAAUACGGAUGCAGAAGAAACAGCGAUAGAUGUAGGUAUUGAAACCAGUGGACCACCAAGUACAAGCACGGCUGGUGAACUUCCUGAAAUAACAGCAGAUGAUGGUGCCAAUAAUGGUGAUAAUGCGGCAGUCAGUGUGAAUGAUGGCGACGAAGUUGAUGAUGAUGAUGAAUCGUUUGGAGAUGAUGAAGUGCACGAUAAUGAAGAUAUUGAGGAGAUGGUUGAACGUGACCUUCAUUUCAAUGAAGAAGAUGAGGAAGAGGAUGAAGACGAAGAUGAUGAGGAAGAAGAUGAAAGCACAGAAUUUGAAGAUGAUGAGAAUGACAUAGUAGAUUAUGUAAAUGAUGUUGAUAUUGACGAUGAUAUGUUGUCGGAGAUACGAAAUAAUCUAUUAUCUCCAGGUGAUAUUGAACCAAUAUUAUUACCAACAAAUUUACAAGGUGUUCGAAUACGUACAACAGCCUAUCCGUCUAUUCAUGGCCUCACCGAUUCUGCACCAGAUCCAGCAUUACCCCCACCACCAAUGAGUGUUCCAGCAUUACAUCCUCUCUUAGUCCAUCAUAGUGAUAAUCAAUUGAGUUCGGGAGCAUUUUCACGUUUUCGUCAGUUGGGUGCUACAAAUGGAACAACAACACAUUUAACACAACAACCAACAAAUCAAGCAUCAUUUAACGGUGCUACAGCGCAAGUUCCGAACGUUACUGCUGCGACCACGGCACUCACAGGUGCUGCUGCACUAGCUCUUCAGCAACAACAACAACAACAACCUCCAAGAAGUCGUACAACACGUACGUUAUUCGUUCCCAAUAGUGGUGGUAUUCUUGGUCGAGCAGGUGGUUUUGCUGAAUAUUUACAACAAGUUGGUCAAAUGGAUGUUGAUCCUUUUGCUGCUUCGGGUACAACAACAACAAGAAUAUUACUUGGAUCAAGCGGACAUGAUUCCGAAACUUGGCGUUUUCUUCACGAUCAAAUAUUAAUGGAUAUGGCGCCACAAGCAAACGAAGGAAAUGAAAAUAUUGAUGGCACAAAAAUUUAUACGAUUAGAACACCGUUAGCGCGAUGGAUGGAAGAAAGUCUCGUUUUAGAUGGACCUUAUGUACACGAUACUGUUGCUGCAUUGAAGCCAAAAAUUCUCGAGCCAUUAGAAAAAACUUAUGAUACUGAAACACAGCUAGCACUAGCAAAAAAGCAAAAAGAAGAAGAGGAGAAAAAGAAGCGUGCUGAAGAAAAGGCGGCUAGCAUAGCAUCGACGUUAGCUGCUGAAGCACAAGUAACUACAAAUGAAACAACGAGUUCAUCAGCCGAUACUACAGCAGUACAAACGACAGAAUCGCAAAGUGAAACUCGUCCACCAACAAUUAUUGAUGAAAUACAAAGUCAACCCGUUCUUACUGUUCAAUCUGAAACCCAACAAACGGUCACGCACGAUCCGUCAAUUCCAGUAACACCAACGUCUUCCUCAGUACAGCAACAGACAGCAACCACAGCGGUGACACCACAUGUUUUAGAUGUUCCUGCUACUGCAGUAACCUCUCCGAUUGAAUCAAUAGUCACAAACCAAGCAUCACCCAGUGCACAAAAUUCAAUUAGUAUUUUAGACGUCGUGCCUGAUAGCGACCCCGUACUGACUAAUAACACACCACCUGUAAUAACAACCGCUGAACAAACAUCGCUAAUGGACGUAAACCCUCUUGUUCCAUUAGAAAAUACAGAUCAAACAAUACCACCUCCAUCAACUGAAGUGUCAAAUACACAAACAACAACAGUUGUACCUCAAGAAGAACCAGAAGUUGAAUGGCAAACAUUAGUAUUUGAUGGACGAGAGUUUCGUGUACCGCGAGUUUUAGAAAUUGAUCCAUCAUUUUUGGCUGCAUUACCGGAAGGAAUGCGUGAAGAAAUUAUAACCGAUCAAAUAAGAAAUUUUGAACGACAAGAAAAUGCACGGCGAGCAGAGAGAGCAGCUGCAGCUAUCCCUUCCUCGUCGACAUCUGGUGCUACAACAAAUGGAGAGAGUGGAACAGUCCCUCCAACAGAAGAUAACAUUCCAACAGAUGUGGUUGGAGAAAUGUUUGGCGAAAUUAAUCCAGAAUUUAUUCAAGCACUUCCAGCUGAAAUUCAAGAAGAAUUAUUACAAGAACGAAAUCGUACACGAGCUGUGUUAGCAGCAGCAUCUGGAACUUCAGUCGAUGUUGGACCAGCAGAAUUUAUUCGUACAUUACAGCCACAUUUACGACAACAAGUGUUAGCUGACAUGGAAGAUAGUCAGAUAGCUGCAUUACCAGAUGAUAUAGCUCUUGAAGCACGAAGAUUAAGACAAGCAAUGGAAACACAACACAGUCAGUAUCUACAAAGAAAUAAUUUUCUUGCUAGAAGUCAACAUUUAAUGACUUCUAUGUUAACGAGUAAUGCACAUCACGGUACUCGUCCAAUUCGUAUGUAUAAUUUGCGUGCGAUACAAGAAGCACGUAAUCGUGGUGAACGCGGUGGCACAAAUUGGUAUUCAUUAUCACGUGGUGGUGCUGGGGCGGCGAGUGGAACAGCAAAUGAUACAACUGGACUACGUGGAAGACAAUUGUUAGAUUAUGAAUCGAUUUGUUGUUUAUUGAUAUUACUGUUUAUUGAUGAUCAACAUUUAAAUUUUCCACGUUUACAAAAGGUAUUAAAAAAUCUCUGUCAUCAUCCCCCUACUCGAGCAUGGAUAAUAAAAGCUCUAUUAUCAAUAAUGAAUAAAAGUACGGGUAAACCAGAAUUUGAAAUAUCAUCAUCACGUACCACAACAACGUCCACCACUUCUUCACCUCCAGCAUCAAAUUCUUCUCUUACAUCAACACCAGGGGCGCCAACAUUAGUAUUAAAUAUGGCGUCCGAUAGAAACCGUUCAUCAUUAUUUAGUUCGUCUACAGUACAUCCAACAAAUAGUAAUCAACAUCAACAAUUACAAGAUUCGCAAUUAAAACUUAUUAAUCCAUCUUGGUUAACAAUUAAUUUUGAUAGUGCAUUUGGUGCUAAAACAAAUGUAUUCAAAAUACAACGUUUAGGAGUUAAACGAGGCGGACAAGUACAGGUAUCGGUCCAUGCACAAGCGUGUCCAGUUGUUUGUCGACAAGUAAUCGAUGCAUUGAUUAUAUUAGCUAAAAACUUUCCAGAAUAUUUUCUUCCAUUAACAAAUUCUGAACAGCAGCAAUUAGCUUUGCCAUCACAUACUACAUCAACAAUUGUUACUAAUGAUCAAACAAAAUCAUCAACUUCACCUGAAAAACAAGUUUCAACUAUUCAGCAAACAUCGACAGUCAAAUCUUUAUCUAAUCGAGAUAUCUCAUUCUGGGAAUUAUUAUUAAAAUUAGAUCAAACAUUUAGCAGUAGAAUAUCGUCGAAUCGUCAAUCAUCAAUAACUUCAUCAACAUUGUCUUCUUCUCAUACAUCAUCUACUCCCACGCAACGAAUAAUUUCAUCAAUUGCACAACGUCCUCCUUUACCCAUCUCAACUCCAAUAUCCAUAACUACAAAUGAAAAUGAUUUUGAAUCAUGUCCGUUAGCCGCACUCAUGUGUAUGUUAGAUCAUCCAAUAUUAAAUAAAAAUAAUCAAUUAAUGGAUAAAUUAUUUAAAUUAUUAUCAUUAAUUUCACAAAGUUUUUAUAUACAUAUAACAACAAAAAAAGAUAUUUCAUCAUCGAUACCACAAGCAACAUCAACACCAUUGCCAUCAAAUGCUGGUACUGAACAAAAUCCAUUAACGCAACUUCAACCACCCAUUGUUAAUGGACCAUUAACAGAAGUUGUAGAUGUGGCUCAAGUACCUGUCAGCGAUGAACCAAAUCCAACGCAACAACAACCAUCACAAUCUGCCCUAAUUAAUAAUAAAAUAAUUGUAUCAGAUGAUCAAGUCGUUUUAGGUAAACAACUCGAUCUUGUCAUCAAAGCAUUAAUAUCAAAAUCGUGUACAGAAGACGGUUUGGAAUUUGCAACAAUAUUAUUAUUAAAUGUUUCUAAGAUAAAUUUAGCAACAAGAGAAAAAGUUUUACAUUUAUUAUUAGAUGGUAUUCGUUUAUUGGGAAAAAAUGUUAGCAAAGAAAUAAGACAACUUCAUUGGGAAGUGCAAGAUUAUUUGUCAAAAAAUAAAUCAGUCGACGAUGAAAAGACGUCUGAACAACCACAGCACCAUACGUCUGAUGAAUCAUCUUCAUCCUCAAAUCUUUUUGAACGAUACAAUAAUAAUCGAAAUAUUACACAUAGUGGAUCAACGACAACGUUAAACGCGACAACUACUGCAUCGACCAAACAACACGAUUUACAAUUGCCUGCUAUGAUUAUGUUAACAUCCAAAACGGCUAAUCAACAGUUUUUAUUACGUAUAUUAAAAGUUAUUAUACAAUUACGUGAAGCAAGAAAAAAAGAUCAGUUGGAUCAACAACAUCAAUUUGAUCAAGAAAUUCAAGUAUUAACAAGACGUUUAGAUAAUUUAAGACAAUCAUUACGUAUAUUAUCAACUGCUAAUACAUCUACUGAAACACCAACAACAGAAAACAAUGUAGACACACUUGUACAUGAAACUCAACCAAUUGAUGAAUUAGGACAACGUUUAGAGCAUAUGCGUACACGUUUAACGACGUUUAUGAAUAAUUCAAAUUCACAGCAUCAAUCUAUCCUUCAAAAUCAUGAAACAAUUCAUGAUGUACAAGAUAUGAGACGUUUAUUAAGACAAUUAGAAAAUGUUGUGGAUGAAUUUAAUGCACCACUAUCGAAUGCAAUGACAUCACGUUUAAAUGCUGCAUUGAAUGAUAUACCAACCAAUGCCAUCUCAAUAACUAACCAAGCCUCUACUACAGAAACACAACAGCCAAGUACUACGACAACCACAACCGAUGCAAUGGAAAUUGGCGAUCAAAAUGAAUUAAGUGCAACAAAAAAAGCACAAUUACAACAAUCAAAAUUAAGUGAAUUAUUAAAUAUAAAUGAAUUGUGGGAUGCUUUAAGUGAUUGUCUGACGGCAUUAUCACAAUUACCCGAUCCACAUGCUGUACUUGUAUUACAACCGGCUGUUGAAGCAUUUUUUAUUGUACAUGCAACAGAUACCGAACGAGAAACAGAAAGAGAUGAUAAAAAGAAAAAGGAUCGUCAACCAAAUGAACCAAUGGCUCAUUUAGAAUGUUCGGGUCCAGCAGCAUCAAUGACUCAACCACUGGAUGAACCACAAUUACCUACCGUUCCAAUUGUUGAGUCUGAAGCAACUAACACUAUUUCAAAACCAGCGUUUGUUAGUCCUACUUUAGUCUUAAAAACACCACCACAACCAGCUGAAUUACCACCGGAUGCACAAAAAUUUCUUAAUUUUGCUCGUACACAUCGUACAGUAUUAAAUCAGAUAUUAAGACAAAGUACACAACAUUUAAGUGAAGGACCAUUUCAUAUCUUAACAGAUUAUACAAAUAUAUUAGAUUUUGAUGUUAAACGAAAAUAUUUUCGUCAUGAAUUAGAUCGUUUGAAAGAUAAUAUGCGUGGCGAAGAUUUAGCUGUACAUGUUCAACGACAACAUGUUUUCGAAGAUUCGUAUCGUGAAUUGAAUCGUCGCGCACCAGAAGAUUGGAAACAUCGCUUAUAUAUUGUAUUUGACAGUGAAGAAGGUCAAGAUGCUGGUGGUUUAUUGCGUGAAUGGUAUUCAAUAAUAGCUAAAGAAAUGUUCAAUCCCAAUUAUGCGUUGUUUAUGAUAAAUCCGGGUGAUCGUGUAACCUAUAUGCCAAAUCCAUUAUCACAUUGUAAUACAAAUCAUAUUAGUUAUUUUAAAUUUAUUGGACGUAUUAUUGCUAAAGCUAUUUUUGAUAACAAAUAUAUGGAUUGUUAUUUUACUCGAGCAUUUUAUAAACAUAUUCUUGGCAUACCCGUUCGUUAUACAGAUAUGGAAAGUGUUGAUUUACAAUUUUAUAAAAGUUUAGUCCUUCUAUUAGAAAAUGAUAUUAAUACACUUGGUCUGGAAUUAGCAUUUAGUUUAGAUGUUAGUGAAUUUGGUGUAAAUAAAACACAUGAAUUGAUACCAAACGGUUCAAAUAUAGUUGUGACAAAUGAAAAUAAACAUGAAUAUGUUCGAUUAGUGUGUCAAGAAAAAAUGAUUGGAUCCAUACGACAACAAAUAAAUGCAUUUUUAGACGGAUUUUAUUCAAUUAUACCAAAAAGUUUAAUAUCAAUAUUUAAUGAACAAGAAUUAGAACUAUUGAUAUCAGGUUUACCGGAUAUUGAUAUUGAAGAUUUGAAAGGAAAUACAGAGUAUCAUAAAUAUCGUCCAAAUUCGUUGCAGAUACAAUGGUUUUGGCGUGCAUUACGCUCAUUCGAUAAAGAAGAUUUAGCUAAAUUUUUACAAUUUGUUACUGGUACUUCAAAAGUGCCAUUACAAGGUUUUGCACAUUUGGAGGGUAUGAAUGGUCCACAAAAAUUUCAAAUUCAUCGUGAUGAUCGUUCAACCGAUCGUCUUCCAUCAGCACAUACAUGUUUUAAUCAACUUGAUCUUCCUGCAUAUGAAAGUUAUGAUAAACUUCGUGGCAUGUUAUUAAUGGCAAUACGUGAAUGUGCCGGAUUUGGUUUUGCUUAA